CCGUGUAACGCACGUUACUGUCAGUGAAAUGAAAAGGGACCUGGUGCACAGCGUUACAAUACGAAACGAUCGUUGGACAGUCGAGAAACGUUAAACAACAUUUCAACCGUUUAUUUAUCCUGCAAAAUGAUAAAAACGUUUAUAGUGUAGUAAAAUAAAUUCCAUUUACACAGACAACUAAUUAGAAGGAGGCACUCGUAUUCAUUUCGGAAAAUUGUCAAAUGACACUAUAAAAUACACAGUUCCAUACACAAAGUGUUUUCUUUUUCAUGUUUUUCCGUGAUAUUGUACAAAUAUUUUUAGACAAGCGAAAUCUCUAACAAUUUCAUCCUAGUAGGUCAUGCUUUGGAAAAGUAGCUCAUCGCUCUUUGGAAGGAAAAUAUGUCAAACGAAAUAAUACGUGCGGAAGCUAGUAAACUGGGAAGCUGUUGUUGUUUAGUAGUGAAGCCGAAAUAAUCAUACACGCUAUCAAAAUGUCCGCAACGCGCUGGAUACACUGCAACAUUUGCUUUCAUCUGUUGUCGAGAAAGGAGCGAAAGUUUUACCAUCUUUCCUGCCGUCAUGUGCUUUGUAAGCAAUGCAUGGCCAAAACGAGUAGAUCGAGGGACGAUAUGUCCGGUGUGCGAAAAACCGUUGGAACGCUUCACCGAACUCAACAAUCAGAUGGACCGCAAAGAAAAGAUGUUUUAUGAUCCCGGUUCGCUGAAAGUGCUGAGCGUUGCCUAUCAAAACGUGGUCUUUCAGCACAAACAACGGGAGAAUAUGAUAAAAGGAAUACUGCGCUGUCGUACAGCAAUAAUGCAGAUGAAGGACGUGGAAGACGCACUGCGACAGAAAAUAGUGGAAACGCAACGACGGUACGAAAAGUUUCGUACCUACCGUCGGAAUCUUCAGGAAACGUUGCGUGAAAGGUCACCCCGGUACGGGAAUAGUCCAUUGAUGGGUCCUACCAGAAGGAAUGCUGCUGUCCGACAGCUAACGAACCAUCCGUCAGCACUGUCCAAUCGCGAUAGCGAUUCGGCCAGUCGCCGAUACGAUCAAAGGUGGCCAAGUUCAACGAUACCAUCACCAUCGCCCGUUGAUAGCUUUAAUACACCUUCGCUCACCAACAGACCACCAUCGGUGAUGGAUAGCAGUUUUACACGACAACAUGUAACAAUGAUGCACUCACAACGCAGCAACACCGGCCCCUUUAUGGAAGCGGACGGUAAAAUCGGUGGAACCAGCAUGUCCGUGUUUGCGAAUGAUUCGGGCAUUUCCGGCAUGCAGACACCUUCAUCUAGCUUUGGUUUUGGUGAUAAUUCUCGAAUAGCCGCCAUCCAACGACAGCAUCAUCAGACUCCGUCAACGCCAGCAAGAUAUAAUGCGGGGUCUGUGUCUUAUCGGCACGAUCACAUUUUGUCCUACAACAAACCACGGCAUUGAAAGCAAAGGUUCUUACACAAGUGCGGGAUUGUUGCAUGUUCGUAUUUUGUAUAUAGUCUUAAACAUUCCUUUUCUUUAUUACAAUAAUAAGCGGCUUUGCAUCUUUUUGUUGUAAUAUGUUGUUCAGCAGCAUGGUCUACACCAUAUGGACUUAUUACAAAAUCUCUUUUCUAUCCCUGUAACUCUCGCUACAUUUUUCGUCUACAUCUCCCAAUACGAAUAAUGACCUAUAAGUUAAAUCCGCUACGAGAAACCGACCGAACACACAAAUAAAAUAAUUAUAUAAUGUAACGAACUAGAGAUGAGAAUGACAACUCUUUUUAGUGAGCUAACUCAGAGUGAAUGAGUCGUUAUUAUGAGUCAGCUCGUUUAACGACUCAUUUCGGAGUCAUAAAAAAACCCAACAUACACGUAUAAGUUAAGGUUCGG